AUGGUGGCAACAGACACACCGGAUGCCGCGACAGACGACGCCUGCGGCAGCGGCGGCAGCAGCGGCGGCGGCGCGGGUCCCUCCACGUCUGGGGCGCCUGAGCGACCCGGCAGCGGCAGCGGCAGCGGCAGCAGUGGUGGCGGCGGCGGCGGCGGCAGCGUGUGGCGGCGGCAGGCGCCGCUGCUGCGGAAGCUGGCGCUCCUCAGCGACGCCGGCUGGUACGGCCUUCCCCUGCUGCAGCUGUCCUACGCGCUGCACCGCGCCGGGGACACGCCCUUGUCGCUGGCGCUGCUGCGCCGCGCGCUGCCGCCGCAGGGCCUCUGCUUUGACGCGCUCGCGGAACUUCGGCCGUGGCACGUGGGGGCGCUGCGGGAGAUGCUGCCCGUCGCGGCAAAGCACGACUGCUGGGCUGCCGUCUGCGUCUGA